AUGGAACUCCCUUCUUCUAUUGGAAAUGCUAUUAAUCUGCAAAAAUUGAAUCUUAGUUACUGUUCAAAUCUGGUGAAACUUCCAUCAUCUAUAGGAAAUGCCAUCAAUCUUAAGGAGUUGUGCCUUAUCCAUUGCUUAAGUCUGGUGGAAUUUCCCUCAUAUAUUGGAAAUGCUACUAAUCAAAAAGAGUUGGGUUUAACUCAUUGCUCAAGAAACAAGUCUUUUUGGCAACAUUUAACGGAGCAUUUGUACACAUUCGAAGUUGACUUUGAAGUUGAGAUGACUUCCAACGAACUUGUCUUUGAGUUCAAGCUCAACAGCGAUAAAUGGGAGAUAGCAAUUGCCUCUUUAGGGCUCAAACUUCACAUGAUUUGCCGAGCACAGUACCUUCACACGCAAGUAUCUCGAUGCAUAAUGCCAAGGAUUGGUAUUAAACUAUUUGGUUCCCAUCUCUGCAUUGGUGAAACAUUAAUGGAAAAGCUACAACUCUUAGAGCACUUAAAGAUUUUAACAGCAAGCGUAGUGAAUGCUCUGAUUCUGGAAAGUAUCCAAAAAGUGGAGCGGCAUGCUCAUGAUAUUGAUGAUCCUGAAAAAAGUGAAUGGGAAAGGUUUGGUUCUGACGCAAGCCACCUUCUCUAG